GCCCUAAACCCAUAACGACCCGACCCAUCUGAAAAAAGUCUCAUAAGCAAACCUUUAAUCUCCUGCACCCUCUUCCGCCACUGUCGCUUGAAGGGAGCGAGCUUCACAAUGGCGUUUGUUAAGGCUCAGAAAUCAAGGGCCUACUUCAAGAGAUAUCAAGUGAAGUUCAAGAGAAGAAGAGAGGGAAAAACCGAUUACCGAGCCAGGAUUCGGUUGAUAAACCAGGAUAAGAACAAGUACAAUACACCAAAAUAUCGAUUUGUGGUUCGAUUUACUAACAAGGACAUCAUUGCCCAAAUAACAUCUGCUACCAUUGCUGGUGAUAAUGUUCUUGCUGCAGCAUAUGCACAUGAGCUGCCACGCUAUGGUCUUGAAGUAGGCCUUACAAACUAUGCCGCAGCUUAUUGCACUGGACUCUUGUUGGCCCGUCGAGUGCUUAAGAAGCUUGAAAUGGACGAGGAGUAUGAAGGAAAUGUCGAGGCCACCGGAGAGGAUUAUUCAGUGGAACCAGCGGAUACCAGGAGACCAUUCCGUGCUCUCCUUGAUGUUGGUCUUAUUAGGACCACAACAGGCAAUCGUGUCUUUGGUGCCCUUAAGGGAGCUCUCGAUGGGGGUUUGGAUAUACCUCAUAGUGAUAAAAGGUUUGCUGGCUUUGAUAAGGAUAAGAAGGAGCUUGAUGCUGAUGUUCAUCGCAAAUAUGUUUUUGGUGGACAUGUUGCUGCUUAUAUGAAGACAUUGAAUGAGGAUGAGCCAGAGAAAUACCAGUCACACUUUAGUGCUUUUAUUAAGCGGGGAAUAGAGCCUGAUGGUUUGGAGGAUUUGUAUAAGAAGGUUCAUGCUGCCAUCCGAGCUGAUCCUACUUUCAAACAAUCUGAGAAGCAGGCGCCAAAGGAGCACAAGAGGUACAAUCUGAAGAAACUCACUUAUGAGGAGAGAAAGGCUAAAUUGGUUGCACGCUUACAGGCUCUCAACUCUGCUGCUGGUGAUGACGAUGAGAGUGAUGAUGAGUGAAAGGUCAUCAUUGAUGCUGUAAUAGUAGCUGUCUUAACUUCUAUGUAGUCAUUAUGAGCAAUAAUUUGGAGAUCACAAAUUUUGGUGUUGAGUUAGCCUUUCAUUUUUUGGUCGGGAUCGAUUGAUAUGUUGUAUUUAUUUUGGUUUGUUACAAUAUAAACAGACUUUGUUUACGUGGUAUUCUAAAUUAUUAUUGGGGAUUGAACUUAUCUGUUUAGGUUCAGAAAA